AUGAAGGCUUUUGCGAUUCUUCUCUCUUUUGCUGCGGUUGUUUUGGCCCUUCCUAGCAAACCUUGUGCUACAUGUGGUGGCCACCAGGAAACUGGGAAUGUCUGUGGUAGUAAACAAACUGUGGUCUGUCAAGGAGAAGGCAAUGCUGGUCUUGUCACUUUGGGAAACGUCUUGGAAGGGGCACUCGGCGAAAGCUGCUCAGCUGGAGACGUUUACUGUUGCGAAGAAGGGGAUAUUCAACAGUCUGGCUUGGUUAACCUGAACCUUAACGCUCAAUGCUCUCUCAACCGUGUUCUAUAA